CCUCCCAUACGCUUCCCUCCUGCCGCUUAGAGGUGGCUCCUCUCCGGAGCAACGCGGGCAGCAGCUCCGGAUAGGGACCUUCAGUCAGCGGCUCCAACAGCUUGAAUUCAGGCAGCAAAGACCUCAGCGUGAUGCAGAGUCCCGACUUGGGAGUGACUUACACAUCGACUGAGAUCUGUGCCUUGAAGGGAUCAACAGUGGAAAUAAGCUGCAGCUACAGAUACCCAUCCAGAAUAAACCCUGAUGCUGUGGAAACAUUCUGGUCUACCAAAGAAAGUCACAGCGGACCUGUGGAUCUGAGAACAGACUCAGAGUAUUCAGGUCGUGUUCAGAAUCGCUGCAAUGAGAGCGACUGCACUCUGAGAAUCACAGACCUGAGAGAGAGCGACUCAGCUGAGUACAGGCUCAUGUUCAUCACAAACCAACCAGAGAGGAGAUUUCUUGGUUCACCUGGAGUCACUUUGUCUGUCACAGUUCUGAAGGUGCAGGUGACCAACCAGGGUUAUUCCAAGGCAGAGCUUAAGUGUCACAGCAAUUGUCGUGUACCUGGUGAUCUUUCCUACACCUGGUACAAGAAUGGACAGAAAAUAGAGGAAGAAGCAUCGUCUUUUUCAGUCACGUUCAAUUUAAAAGACAGCUAUACCUGUGCCCUUAAAGGACAUGAGGAUUUCCCCUCUCCCUCAGUAUGUGUUAAUGGUCGAUACUGCAACAAAGUGACGUACACUGAGAGAAGCAUCUGUGCCGUCAAAGGCUCCUCAGUGGCCAUUUCUUGCUUUUACAGCUCUCAUGAAUAUAGUGUUGAAUCAAAAUUAUGGUUCACUCGUGACCAAAGUAAUCAGCGGCAGUAUUAUAAACAACCUGAGGAUCAGAGUGAAGACUCCCAGUAUGCAAGACGUGUCCAGGUUGAAUCAAAGCGAGGACGUUCCACUCUGAUAAUCUCUGACCUGAGAGAGAGCGAUUCAGCCCAGUAUCACUUCAAAUUCAAUACCACAGGCUUUGAAUGGGGGAGUGAUUUACCUGGUACAACUCUGAGUGUUACAGAUCCAGAUCUGCAUGUGCAGGUAUCAUCAGUUUGGUUUGGUUACAGGGCAGAGCUAAAGUGUCACAGCAGUUGUCAUCUACCUGAUAAAUCUUCCUACAUCUGGUACAAGAAUGGACAGAAAAUGGAGAAAGAAACAUCAUCUUUUACAGUCUCCCCUGAUUCAGCAGACAGCUAUUCCUGUGCUCUGAACGGACGUGAGGAUUUCUCCUCUCUGUCAGUGUGUGUGAGUGGUCACACCUGUAACAGAGUGAUGUACACUGACAGAAACAUCUGCGCCCUCAAACGCUCAUCAGUGGACAUUUCCUGCAGUUACAACAGUUAUAAAGAUGAAGUUGAAUCAAAAUUCUGGUUCAGUUCUGAAAGCAGUGAUCAGUGGAGGAAUCCCUCAACAUCUGAGGACCCAAUGAAAGACUCACAGUAUGGACGUCGUGUUCGGGUCUUUGAGACGAAGAGAGGACGCUCCAUCCUGAGAAUCUCUGACCUGAGAGAGAGCGAUUCAGCCCAGUAUCACUUCAAAUUCAAAACCAGAAGCUUUGAAUGGGGGAGUGAUUUACCUGGAACAACUCUGACUGUCACAGAUCUUCAGGUGCAGGUUAUCAGAAUAAUAGUCCAGCAGCAGUUUUAUACCGAGGCAGAGCUGAAGUGUAGCAGCAGCUGCAGUCCACCUGGUCGUCCUUCCUACGUCUGGUUCAGCAACGGAGAGAAAAUUACGAAGACAGACAAUUCUUUAUAUCAAGACCGAUUUUAUCCUGGAGACGUCAUCUCUUGUGCUUUCAAAGGACAUGAGGAUUACGGCUCUCCCUCAGUGUAUGCUCUGAAGGUUCCCUCUGUGUCAGCGAGUCCUUCUGGUGAAAUCAUGGCGGGCGAUUUGGUGACUCUGACCUGCAGCAGUGAUGCUAACUCAGCAGCUAAAUACACCUGGUACAAGAACCAAACACUGCUCAGGAGAGAACCGCAGCUCGUCCUCAGCUCCGUCCUUUCCUCUGACUCUGGGGAGUAUUACUGUGCAGCUGAGAACGAGCUGGGGAGGAGGACGUCUCAAUACAUCUUUAUUAAUGUGAAAUAUGCUCCAAAGACCUGUGAUGUGUCAGUGAGUCCCUCUGCUGAGAUAGAGGAGGGCAGCUCAGUGACUCUGAGCUGCAGCAGUGACGCUAACCCAGCAGCUAACUACACCUGGUACAAGGAGAACCAAACACUGGUUCAAGGACCAAAAGGAAGUUAUCUUUUCACCUCCAUCAGCUCUGAGGACAGAGGGAUCUACUACUGCAAGUCUGAGAAUCAGUAUGGACAGAUCAGCUCUACGUCUCUAUUUGUAGAUGUCCAGUAUGCUCCAAAGCAUCCCUCUGUGUCAGUGAGUCCCUCUGAGAUAGAGGAGGGCAGCUCAGUCAAUCUGACCUGCAGCAGAGCUAACCCAGCAGCUAACUACACCUGGUACAAGGAGGAUGAAGACUCACCAAAAGCAUCCGGACAGAUCUUCACCAUCACCGACUUCAGAGCCGAACACAGCGGGAAUUAUUACUGUGAAGCCGAGAACAACAGAGGACGACGUAACUCCACUUUACACCUGAUUACUGUGGCAGGAGCCUGGAAAUCAACAGCCGCUAGAACAACAACUGCUGUCGUCCUCGCUGUCUUUCUCCUCUCUGUCUUUAUACUGACCAGAAAGAAGAGGGCUGCCAACCAAUCAUCUGAGCUCAGAGCGAGGCGUGACGACAGGAGACAGAGACAGCGGGACGACGGGCGGGACGACGGGACGGGC